AUGGCAAGUCGUCGUCGACCAACACCCCUGGCGCCGCCUCGCUCGUGGCGGCGUGUCGUAUCACGUGACAUGAAGAGGCCACGACCGCAGCGAGUCUCGCGCCGGCGAGCGUCGUGCCUGGGUGGACCGUGUGCGAUGGAGGCGGAGGCAGGACGGAGAAGCCGCCUGAAUGCGUGGGUGCAUGCGUGCUUUGACGGCUCGAUGGCGCGGGACAGGCCCGUGGCGUGGUCGCGGCAGAAUCUGGUGGCGUACGGUGCCGUGCACGAUGGUGCCGCGUGUGUGGUGGUCGUGCCGAGUGAGCGUGUGGGAUGUGCGGUAGACGAUCCUGUCGCGACGCAUCUGCACCCACCGACGCGCGGACCGCUCUUUGCUGCUGGUCGCCAGGCACCGUGCGACUUGGAUGCGCCGGCGCUGGUCAGCUUUAGUCCGUGCGGGUAUACGCUCAUGGCCUUUUUUUCCGUCUCGCCGAUCCUCGCUACGUCGGAUGCGUCAGCGCUUCCUUCUGAGCCGGUGCGGGCGCGGCCUUUGACGCCGGCGUUCGCGGAGAGCAAGGGCACGGAGUCGCCUGCGCUGACGCCGCCCGUGUCCAUGCCCCACACGUAUUCGCAGCCGAUCUCUGAUGCCACCGACUUGCUGCCGUACGACCACGGCGUGAUUUGUAUCUGGACCCGUGCGCCUGGCGCCUCGAUCGCGGCAUGGUCGCUCAAGCAGUGGAUUCCCGUCUCCCCUGUGCCGUCGUUCACGCAUCUGUCCGGCCACAUCAUCGGCCUGCACUGGCUGGAUCAUGGGCGCAUGUGGAAGGGCACCGAGAGCGGUGCGUCGUACAUGCGUGCGCCGUCGUGUGGUCCAGCGACGAAUGUGCCGCCUGCCGGUGUGCCGAGUGAUAGGAUGGCGUCGGAGCAGGCGUGCAUCCUCGUCUCCCACGUCGGCCAUGUGGUGUUUGUGCACCGUGCGAACGAGCAGGCGCCGUUCCGGAUGCACGUCGGAUGGCUCCAUGUGCCAGGCAUCUAUCCGCUUCCGACGCACUAUGAGCCGACGACGCUGCACAAGAUGUUUACGACGCUCGACAUCCGGCACAUGUCCAUCACAGCCCUCCCGAAUGAGCCGAUCUUGUUCGUGGCGUACCAGUGCUAUGCGCAUGGCUCUGUCAUGUUUAUGCACGUCUCUGAGCUCACGUUUGACUUGCAUGGCGAACUGUCGUGCUUCAUCGUGAAUCCCGAGCCGCCGCUCACGAUGCGGUCGCCGCAAGACUCGAUCUGCGGCACAAGUCAUGCCUACCUCAUGCUCACGGCCAUGACGUGGUCGUGCCUGCUCGACGGCUCCCUCGUCCUGGUGUUUGCGCUCGCCACAGAUGAGUCGUCGUUCGAUCCGCUGUCGUCGAGCACAUCGCUGUGCAAUACGUCGCUCUACAUUUGGAACGUGCGUCGGAGUCAGUCGCGGCGCAUGGAUGAAUUGCGCUGCAUCUUUGAGUCGCUGCCCGACCCGUCUCGCGCUGUCGACGACGCCUAUCGUGCGUGGCGCAUCACGGUGCGGUCCGUCGAGCAUAUACCAGGCAUGGUCAUUUCGAGCCUGCUUCCCGAAUCGUCGCCGCUGCCGUACGCGGGACGCAUUUACGCCACCGCCUUCGACAUACCCAACAUGGGCCGCGAGGUAUGGGCCGUGCUGGAUACCCGGACGUUUGCAUGGUCGGUCCUCGACCAAAGCAUGCCUGAGCAGGCGCUCAUGCGCUCCGCUAUGGCGCUCUCGCCGUGCGGCGUGCUAGCCUGCAUGUGCCUCGGCCCAAGCAGGCCCCUGCGCAUGGUCCCGCUGCCUGUGAGUCGCGCCGAUGUGCCGUCGCUGGGCGCGCUCUUCGCGCUGUCGCUCCUGCGCAACGCGUCGCCGAUGGACGUCGCCAUGUAUGCGCGAACGCAUCACGAGCUGUCGCCUGCGAUGAUCGCCGACGUCGUGCAUGCGACGGAGCAUGCCCUGGGCUACGACCCGCACUCGCUCGCCCAAAGUGUGCGGCUGUGUCCCUUGGUCGAGGCGCUCGCUACGUGCAGUGCGCAUCUCUGCCUCCAACAGCGCGCGCACACGCUCUCGCAGCUGGCUCAGAUGCACCACACGCUGUGUGCGGCACGCACAGACGCGACCUGUGCGCGACUGGACGAGAUCCAUGCGGCCGGCGCGACGAGCGCCUCGUUCGCCGCAGCCUCUGUGUGGCGCCUCGCGCAUGUGCUGCGCACGCUCGUCCGCCUCCUGGAGCGAGUCCUGCACACCGCGAUGCACUGCACCGCCGCCGGGGCGCGGCCGGCCGACGUCCGCAGCGACGCGGUGCUCGAUCUCGUGCUGCAUGCGCCCACGUCUCGUAUGGUGCAUGACAUUGUCGCUGGAGCGUGCGUCUUUGCGCACUGGAUCACGCACAUGUCGCCGCACGCAUGGCUCCACGAGCUUGUGCCUGCGCAUGACCGCGCGACGCCUCUCAAGUGUGAGCAGGCCCUGACCACGCUCGCGAAUGUCCAGGCGUUUGUGAGCGACACGCUGCAUGGCACGCCGAUCGACGUGCCUCGCGUUCUCGCGCUGUUCGACGCGCCAGCGCAGCCCCACGAGCCGGCGUGCUGGGACGCGUGGAUGCACGCGCCGCAGCCCACGCUCUCUGACGCCGCCUGGGAGCGAGCGCAGCACGUGCGCCAUCUGCACGCCAUCCGCGAUCCACUGGCCCUCGCGCGCCUGUAUACCCCGCCGCUAGACGUCCGCGAGACGCCGUAG